UAGUCGGGCUCAGGGUUCAGAGGGUCCCGGGACGAGGAAGGACGGGUAUGGUGACUGCGGAGGGUCGGCGAAGAAGGCGGGCCCAGGGUGGAGGUGUGCGGUACUCGCACUGACGGCCCUCGGGGCCUGGAGCAUGUUCCUGCGGAGAAGCCGCUGGGCAAUCGGCGGCGUGGGCAGGGCGCUAAGCGGGCCGGUGAGAGCAGGCACCGGGGAGCUGCGGCCAGGCCUCAGCCUCAGCCUCAGCCUCCGCCUCCACGAACGGACCUCCUCGCUUCUGCACGGGUGGGACUGCCGGCUACAGGGCUCGGCCGCGCUCCCCAUCCUGUCAGCCGGGCCUGGAUCGGGACUCCGGAUCACGGUCACCUGGCCCCGUCCUGUGUCCGGCCGAAGGCCGUGGUGCUGCUCCUUCCUCCGGCAGCAGGUGGGUCCCGAAGCCGGGCCCGCACGCUGUUACGGAGCCGGGAAACCCGCUCCAAAGAGGCAAGCCGCCGAGCCCUGCUCGUACACUGGGCCCGGAGAGAAGGGAGAAGAGCGGGCGGCGGCGGCCCCCGCUAGGUCUCCGGAGCUGUAUGAAAAUCCAUGGACAAUUCCAAACUUUCUAUGUAUGGCGAGGAUUGGCUUAUCACCCUAUUUGGGCUACCUAAUUGUAGAAGAAGAAUUCAAUUUAGCCCUUGGUCUUUUUACAUUGGCGGGCAUUACCGAUCUGUUGGAUGGUUACAUUGCACGAAACUGGGCUAAUCAGAAAUCGGCUUUGGGGAGCGCCCUGGACCCGUUAGCAGAUAAAAUUCUGAUCAGUGUUCUGUAUGUCAGUCUCACUUGUGCUGAACUUAUUCCAGCACCUCUUACUGUUAUGGUCCUUUUGCGAGAUGUUAUUUUGGUUGCAGCUGGUUUCUACAUUAGAUACCGAACGGUUCCAACACCAAGGACACUGAGCAAGUAUUUCAACCCAUGUUAUGCUACUGCCCAAUUAAAACCAACAUUUAUCAGCAAGGUUAACACAGCGGUUCAACUUGUACUAGUGGCUGCAUCACUAGCAGCUCCAGUUUUUAAUUUUGUGGACAGUAUGUUCCUUCGUACUUUAUGGUAUGUCACAGCCUUGACAACGGUUGCAUCAGGAUGCAGUUACUACACUCACGGCAAAAAUGCUGUGCAAGUUUUGAAUCGGGUGAAGUGAAUAGUUCUUUAUAGUUGGCCAGUGAAUUCUGGAAUCGGCACAACAAUGCAGGAAGAGGAUCUUGGUUUUUAUGCUAAAGAGACAUUGAUUAAAAUUAUGUAGAUAUAUAUAGAUUUUUUCCCAUCAAAAGAUACAAAUUUAAUAAUAAAAAUAAAAACUAUGGAUUUCUUUCAUCUAUGGUUUUGCAAUUUCUUUUGUGUUUCCAUCACUAUAUGAAAUUAAUCACAAAAUAAUUAUUUGCAUGUUGCCUAGCUGAUGUAGUCAAACUGCUAUAAAAAUGAACUUUAGUUGUUUUCUUAAAAAUCAAGCUGAUGCAGUGUAUAUUUCAUACCAUUGGAGAUCUUGUCUGUCGCUGAAACAGUAAGGCAAAGGAUACAAAAUAUUGGGCAGCAUAGUGGAAUUGUUUUUAAUGAUAUUGCACACUGUGCAGUAGUUCUAUCAAACACUGCAUUGUUGAAUGUGAUUUGUUACUCUGCAGGUAAUUCGUUUUCGAAUUCUUAAUCCAAGUAAUCUGUAUGAAUGGAUACAUGCAAAAGCCUUAGCAAGAUGCAACACCGAAGGCACUGCUCACUUCUGUCUUUGCAUCGCCCAGUUCACCUUUCUGCCAUUGUUUCCCUUUGCCCUGUCACCAACAGCUUCAUUUGCUCUUUGUUGCCUCUUGUUGGUUCAUCUCCUGUGUCUGCACCUGAUCUACGGUAUUCCACUUCUCACCUAUAGAUCUUUCUCCCCAUUGCAUUCUAAUGCCCUAUUGGUGCUUUCAGACGAGUUGUAACCUGACAUUUUUCAGAGUGCAGCUCACGAAGAUUGUAUCAGCUGUUUAUUUGGCCUUUGCUUUUGUGACUGAGGGCAAGAGCUGUUUUUUAAUUCACUGUCACCAGUGUGUGGUUUUCUCCAUGGAUUUUAAAUGAUGUAAGAUUCUCAUGAAAGGCAGGAACUCUAGCUAUUAAAAGAAAAUUCUGUAUUCAUAUAUAAUCUGACCUUCAAUGAAAGUUCACAAGUGGGUCUCUCGUGUGCUUAAGAUUUUUAGGCCUGUUCACCCUUAGUUAUCUUUAAAAGUAGCAUCUGUUGUCCUUUUUAUCUUGCCUCUCUUAGAUUUACUGAAGAUCUUCUUUGGGGAAAUUACUUGUUUCUGUGUUGAAUUUUGUUUCCAUCUUCAAAUGGUAAAUUAUUUGGGAUGAUGCUAUCUAUAUGGUACUGUACUUCUGCAUUUGUUUUCAAUGUAAUGCUGUUUUUGAACUCAGAACGUUACAAGUUGAGGAUAAGAUGUAUUGGUGAAUUGAUUUUUAAAAACUGAUUAUUGCAAUUUUAGAUAGUUGAAAUUAAACCAAUUUUACAGUAAAAUAAUCCCAUUGGUUGUCAGAAUUAUUUUUGCAUUUUUUAAAUCAGGAAUGCAUUGUUUAAUAGGAUGGUGAAAAUGGAUUCAAUGAUAAAUCUCAAAAAGGAAUUCAAUAAAA